AUGCUCUCAGCGACGAACCAUCAUGGCUCUGGUGGUUUCAAUCCCACACAAUACGUGCCUCUUUGUCCGAGAACCCGCGCUCAACCUGCAGUAUCUCCACCAGUGUCACAGAUAUAUAUCGUUUCUUACGAAUUUCCUUGGGUCAUCGAGGUUAAUGCGGCAGUGUCUGACCCUGGGGCACACCAUUUUGUAACCUCUGGUCGAGAGAGACACGCAGCUGAACCUUUUGUCACUAUUUAUGACGUUAUGCAUGCAUUAUGGGCAUAUCUGCAGAGGCCGGUGGUUGAAUCAGAAUGGUCAGCGUUGUCAUCCACACAAAGACGAACUAUAAGGCGCACCUGUCUCUCCGCAUACGCCCGCGAGCCAUCACGCUCAUAUUCACAAGGCACCAUAACUUCGAGGUCCCGGUCGCAGAAACCAGCCAAAGCAAUUGCAUCUGAAGACAGAAAGGUCGUAAGGAAAAUCGACUGGCUGGGCACAUACACUCGCUUUGCUGGUCUGGGGAAAGACGAGGAAUUAAUCGCUGACAGAAUUGAAGAGCCCUGGAAGAGGAAUUGA